AAUGGAGUAAAUAAUCUCAGACUCUUUCAUUUCCACACGUACCUUCAAAAAGAGAGAGAAUAGGCACGUGUCAAUCUUCUCUCUUGCUACUUGAUUCGUCGAGUCUCUUCUCUUGUAUCGCCUCUUACUGCCAAAAUCUUUCAAAGUCGAAAUUUUGUUCAUCCCCAAACAUGAAGACCAUUCUCCGUUUAGUUCUUAACACAAAUUCGAUUAUUCACACAAAUUUUGUUCAUUUAUUCUUGAAAUAUCCAAAACGGGUAAUGCACAUAAGUUGUUCGACAGAAUUCCCCAAUGGUCAAUUUUGGGGUGUAUUUUUAUUUUUAUUUUUUUUUUCUGUCAUUUGAAGCGCUGUCACGUGCCUCUCACGUGAUAAGCUGUUAUAUCCGUUGAUAUUCCCGCUUUUACUCUGCUUCUUCUUCUUCUUGCAAACGCAUAUCUCUCUGAAGCAGAGAGAGAUCAAGAAAGCACAAGAACCUUGAGAGUCGUUUCUAUGGAGUCUACUGCUUUUCCGAAAGAUGCUGAGAGCGUAAAACUCCACGCAAAGGCAAAACAACUCUUCGCUAAUGGAGAUCACAUCAAGGCCUUGGAGAUAAUCGAAGAUAUGAUUUUGGUCAAUAAGGAAGAGAAUAACAUACGGUUUCUUCAUACGGAACAAGGUUACAUGUUAACGAAACUAUCGGAAAAAGCAGAGAACCUUGACUUAGAUUUCGCAUUCAUGUUGGGUGCUGUUGGAUGUUUUUCGGAAUAUGAGAAGUUAUCACUACUUUGUGCACAUGGAUUCCACACUUUGGCUCACCAUAUUGGCUCAGUGAUGUAUUACAAGAAAUGUUUGAAGAAAGCAAAACAGUGUUUAUCUGUUUCUAACCCGAAUGAAGACUCGGGCUCUUCUGUUACUCAAAUGGGUUUGCGACGGAAAACACUUAUGAACGAAACGGAAAAAGACCUGGAGACUUUAAUCAAAAAUGCAGUGACCGCGAUUGCUGUUUCCAAGAUUGGGAAACUGAAGGGUUUACAAGAAGAAGACUUUGAGCCAGAAGUUUUGAGGUCAAAGAGUAGUUCAGAGUCGGUUAAUAAGGAGUUUAAAGGAUUGAGGUCGUUUUGGUUAGGUUUGGAUGUUAAGGUCAAAAGGGAUUUUAUGAAAGUAAGCAUUGCAAAGCUUAUAAGUUUUGUCAAGGGGGUACAUCAUAGACCGGGACGAGAUGCUUUGAAGCAAAUUCUCGAUUCUGCCAAGGAAGACAGAAAAUGGACAUUCUGGAUGUGCCGAACUAAAUGUUCGAAGAAGUUCUCUAGUGCUGAAGAAUGUAAGGUUCAUCUUGAACACGAACAUGCUGCAGAUUUUAAACCUUUGAAAGAGGAGGAUAGAAUCAAGAGGAUAGGGAAAGACUGGGCUCGUAAGAUAUUGGUUGGAGGUUGGGAACCAGUGGAUACAGUAGCUGCCGUUGAAAUGAUCAAAAAUCGUCUCGCAGAUGUGAAAGCGUUUUCAUAUAAGAAUGGAUGGUCCAAAGAAUGGCCUUUAGCUGUGGAUGAAGAGCGCAGUAAGUUACUCAAGGAAAUCAAAUUCUUCCUUGGGAUGUUUUGUGACCUUAAAAUUCUCCCUUGUAGUGUUCGAGACUGUGUGAUGCAAUAUCCUUUAAGGCAUUUUGGAAAACUUGAAGUUUCCAAACAGAGUCUUGUCGAUUCUCACCUAGCGGAAACACCUCAAAGUAUAUGUUUUCUGGAAUGUCAUGAACUCAAUCAAAUCCUAGAUUUUCUAAAAUGCAUCAAGUGUGAAAGGGAUGAUGGUACAGAUAUAGUUUGCAGAGCAGUGGACAGUAUUUUGGGUUCUUCUCGGGUUAAAGAAAAGAUUGACUUUGACAUUCAGUUUUCACUGCUGCUUCUGGAUAGAAGACUGCUGAAAAGCAAUAAUGCUCCAUUCGAUGAUGAUGGGACAAUCAAUGUUUUUGAUCCCAAUGUUCACUUCGCCAAGGCACCAGCUCAGGGGGAUGAUAUCAUAUCCUGGUUAACUGACUACAAUUCAGUAGAUAAGACCUUUCCUAGACCUAUCAGGGAACAUAAUCUUGAUAUCUGGGUGGCUGUUCUGAGAGCUGUUCAGUUCACAUGUAGAACUCUGGAAACCAAAUAUGCAAAGAAAGUGCAGGUCUUGGAUUAUUUUUCAGCUCUUACUGUAGUUGAAUACUUGUGUAUGAGCGAAGAUGAAAGGAGAAAGAAUCUUCAGGAAGAUCAGUGGAACAGCUAUGCAUCUCUUCUAUGCGAUAUAUGCGAAAAGAUAGACCCCGAAUAUUUCCUCACUGCAAAAUUAUUUGUGUGUGCAGUACAAGAUGUUUUCAAAGAAGCUUUGGAUCUGACAUUUGAUUUCCCCGAUUUUGAAGAUUGCUUGAAUCUUAUACGUGAGCGUAAAAGUCUCAGCGAUGAUAUAGUGUUGAAGUCCAUAUCCUUUCUGAAAACACUUACAAAUACCAAGGUUAUGCUAAUCGAAUCAAAGAUUUUGCUGGUUGAUAAUUCAAGGAUUAGUUUGCUGAACAACCUCACCAGGCUUUCUUCAUUUGACAACCGCACUUAUAUCCUUCAACUACUGAAACCUUUCUUGCUGAAUGAAAUUGUGAAUAUGGAAUCCAAAGCCAAGUCAGAUGCAGCAGAAGCAGAUCUUUUACUCGAGGAGGAGAGGAAGAAUUCAAAGCCAAUUCAGAUACAGUCAAAGAAGAAGAAAAAUAAAAGAAAAAAGGUCUUGGAACAUAAACCUUCUAGCAACCUUGAACCGGAAAGCACGUCUGCAUCACUAAGAAAGGUGGAAGAAGAUUCUAUGGAACCAGAUGACACUCUUUCAAGUGAGAGGGGUCGAUUAGAAAUCUCAUCUAACACUGUCAAUCAAGACGAAGUUAUGCCUAGAGAAGAUUCACAGUCGGAUCAUUUAGAGUCAGCUCUUGGAGAAGCUGCAACCAGAUACAACUCAGCUCUUGACAUGACACUGAAGGCCCUUUUGAAAAUUCAAAUUCUCAAAGAAGAUUUGACGCAACCUGUGUGUAAUCUCUUUCUAAUAGUGAAGCUUGGGAGCAAGAGUUCUCCCCCGAGACGUAGCGGUUAGAGGCCGUGAACUCGGUGAU